UGCACACUUUUAGUUCAUUUGAUACACGGGACGUUAAGAAAGUAUUUAAACAGACAUGUUUAAUGCGAGGCGGCGAAGAAAGACGACAGUAGUUGGGAUGUCAGUCGGUGGACGCAGCGUGUAAACUGAGAGGAGGCGAAUGUUUAAUUCUGGGGGCCAGUAAGUCAUGUCAGCCGGCAGCGUUGGCAGUCUGAAGCACAGCCAAGGACCCGGCAGCUAUAGGCAUGGAACUAGCCGGAGCAGCAGCCAGAGGUCGUCCUACGAGGAGCGCUGUGUCGACCCGGUGGAGGACCGGCUCCCCACCCCAGAGCCAAAGUUAGUCCACAGAGCUCAUCUGAAAGACGCCGAUGAGAAGGAGUGUGAGUCCAUUGGCUUCAUUCCUGGCUCAGCCGACCCGUCCUCCGCGACACAAACCUGCAAUCCCUGCUCUCCUCAAAGGGGCUGCAGGACCUUUGUGUGCAGCGUGCUCACCUGCGGCCUGUACCGGGUGUGCCAGCGGUCCAUCCUCGCUCCGAGCCUGGCGCCGAACGAGAGCACCCUCGACGAACCAGAGAAGGUGAGCCUCCAGUCCGUGAACCCAGAAGGCGACAAAGAGGAAGACGGUACAUACUGGCCAGGGGACGUCCGCAUCGCCGGAGUCAAAGUUGACAGUCCGAGAGAGUACUUGGAAGUUGAAACUGAAUCUCCGACAUAUGGGCCAACACAGCCCAGCCACCCGUCUUUGCACGAGUCCAUGAGGUUCUAUGACUGGGAAGAUGGCGAGGAGGACGUGGACUCGCUGAUUACGAAGAAGCUGCUGGAGCUCUACUCUGAGUAUCAGAUCGAAGAGUUGGCCAGGUGCACCACAGACUCUGUGUUCCUGAAGAAGAGCAAGGCCAUCAACCAGCUCAUCAACUCGCUGGCGGAGGAGCACAAAAUGGGCGAGCAGGAGGCGGAGUGCCGGCUGGUGCGCGGCAUCAUCCGCAUCAGCACUCGGAAGAGCACCAAGAGGAGGCCGCGCUCCUCCAGGAGGGAGAGGACGCUGUCGGACAGCGGGAAUGAGACGAUGAGGGAGGGCGAUUCCUUUUCAUUGAGCAACAACAAUGAUUACAAAUCCAAUCCAAACAUCCAGAUAUCUGAACUGACCUCCUCGGACAAGUGUGCCAGAGAUAUGUGGAGGGCCAAUGGAGGUCAUACUUCCGGUUGUCCAACAGCCUACUCGCCUUCUUCUCCCACUGAGGCUAAUUCUUCAGGUGUUCCACUCAAUCUCACCUCCGUGAGAACAUGAUUCCUGCUCAACAAUGGCCACACACACUUGAAUCAUUUGUCCUGCUGUGUCCACAAGGUCACUUGUGGGCGGCUGAAAGGCGACACUACUUGCACAGGAGCCUGUGGCUGAGCCGAGCUCUUUGUCGAGACCGCGGCUCCACGGCUGUGCGAAAAGAAAAUGUGAAUAUUCAUAUUGUCUGAAGGAUUUCAGUGAACUCAGGGCCCUGUGUGUCGAUAUUUAUGUUUAAUGAAUAUGAUGUGUGUGUCUGAAGGAUUGCUUGAUUGAGAGCUCGUCCUGCAGAUCUUUAUGGCUCUUAUUGUAUCUCGUUUAACCGUCCGACUCGUCCUUGAAGAAGAGUUGUGUUCAUGAAAGAUGACUCAUUUUGGACGGUCAUAUUAUAUAUAUAUAUAUAUAUAUAUAUAUUCUUGUUGCACAGGGUUCAUAUUUCUUUAUUUUUAUAUAUAUUUAUAUAUAUAUAUAUAUAUAUAAAGAACCUUGUGCUUAAAUUAUAUAUAUAUAUAUAUGUGUAUAUAUAUAAUAUAUAUAUUCUUGUUGCACAUUUUUUAUCAUCUUGUAAUUAUAUUAGAUUUUAAUUUGAAGUAAUAUAUGUGAAGUAAUCAGUGAUUCCAGAUGAUUGAUCAUAAAUUAUAUUCUGGGAGUUUUUCAUAAUUUGCCAUAUUUCAUAUUGAUGUAAGACGCAUAGUGUGGAAACCAUGUGAAGAAUAUUUUGUCAUCUUUGGAUUGAGCCUGGCUGUUUCCCACAGUUUCAGUCUGAAUGCUAAACCAACAGAUAUUAAAGUUGUAUUCUUCUCCUUAAUCCUACUUGUUAGUUUUCCCCUGGAGAAAGACAAGUACUUUUUAUUUUUAUGCGAGGUUUAUGACGUUCAUAUUGUGUGAAGCAUGUUUUUAUUUCUUCAAGUUCCUUAUUAGUGUAAUAACAUGACGCUCGUAAAGCAAAUGGCUCUCUAUGAGCGUCCUGUCUGUAUUCAAGUGUCACACUGUACGACCUUAUGAAAGCCGGUUCGAGCUGCAGCUGGUCUGAUAUCAUGGAUUACGACUAUAAUGAGAUUAUUCUGCCUGGAGCAGUGAAUGUCAGCCUUCCUACCACAGCUGUGCUUGCUGUGUUUGCUCCAGGGUUCUUAUGGGAAUUUGUCCAGCUGAAUGUAUUCAGCUCUGUGUGCUUCUUAUCAGCGUGAGCUCAUGGACCCUAUUGUGAUACCUUCAGUUCACACACACGGGCCACUAAUCCACAUGUUUUUAAAAUGUCUGGUUUAUCUAUCCUCUUGUGCCCAAUUUUCAAGUGUAAGUAAGUAUGCUUUUUUUUCUUUUUAAUUAAUGAUUUGCAAAAGAGAUAAUUUAAGGAACGUGACAUCACAGUGUGUUUUUUUAUUGUGUCAGGACAUUUUUUGCAGCAUCAGGGUGGUUAUAAACAAUGGUGGGAAAACUGGUUGCACAGGUUUCCACCAAGAAGCAGAACAUGACACUAUAUUGACGAUGUGACUAAUGAGUGUCUGUCAUACAUUCUGUAUCAUCCUAACGCACUUCUCAUUUCACCAAACUGGCUGACUUGUCUGCUAAAGCAUGUCGUCUUCAUUCGCACAUUACAUUUUCUCAGAAGGUUUUCCUGGAUUUCCAAAUUGUAACGCUGGAGCCUCUCACCAGGUGUUGCAUUUCGUAUUUUCGUCAAAUGAUGCGUUGACGGGUUCUUAUAUUGACACUAAAUCAUCUUUUAACUGAUUUCUUGUUGUAAAAAAAACAAUAAAGUGAAUGAAGUGAAACAAAAAUAA